AUGGAAGUAAUCAUGGACGCCCACGGGUUGUGGGAAGCCGUAAAGCCACCAACCGGCGUGGUUGUAGACGAGAAGAAAUCGAAACAAGCUCGUGUUUUUAUUUUUCAAUCGAUCCCGGAAGAAAUCUUGUCGCAAGCUGCGAAGAAAAAGACAGCCAAGGAGGUGUGGGAUUCGUUGAAGUCCAGAUACGUAGGUGCUGAACGGGUCCAAAAGGCUCGGUUACGGAUCUUGAAAAGUGAGUUUGAAGCUCUAAAUAUGAAGGACAGCAAGACCGUUGAUGAUUAUGCCGGAAAGCUAUCCGGUAUGGUCUCAAAAUACAACAGUGUAGGGGCGAAGCUGGAAGAUGAAGAACUGGUUCGUAAGCUUUUCGACUCGGUCCCAGAGAAGUUUAUUAAUUUGGUUGCAUCAAUUGAACAAACUACAGAUGUCGAAACGAUGUUGUUUGAAGAAGCAAUAGCACAUCUGAAGGCGUACGAAGAUCGACUUAGAUUACGCCAAGCCAAACAACCCAAUGAAAACGGUUUGCUAUUCACAAAAGUUGACAACUCAUCGAGUUCUAGGUGGCAAGGCAAGAAUCAACAAUUUACUGGUCAUAAUUCAGGCGGACGAGGAAAGACCGACCGGGGUGGUCGGAGUGGUUUUCGGGGGCGUGGCCGGGGUAGGAGUAACCGUGGCGGACACGUAGGGAACCAAGAUCAAAGAAAUGGGUCAAGAGUUAUAGACAAAAGAUAUAACAGCCCUAACGUAAACCGAUACCUUUAUAACUUUUCCGACGCCCUAAUAUAUCAUAAAAUGUCUCAAUAUGUUUUUAUAUGCACCCUUAUGUGA